AUGCCAGGCACAAUGAGUUCGAGCUCGGAAGCUCCUCAGGACACAUCUGGAGCCUGCGUGGAGAACCAUCCUAGACCUGUGGUCCUCAUUUUGUCCGGUCAGUCGGUCUUCGCCGAGUCUCACAAUACGGCUCCUCUCCAUGAGAUAAGCAGUGAUGUUUGCUCAGUCUCAAACAAGAACGCGUCCGUCAGAUUUGAACGCGUCGAGCAGAGCGUUCAAGACGAGACGAAUGAGGACAAGCUCAUGCCCGCUCCACCGCGACGACACCUUUUCUACCUUGUACACCCUUCCAAUGCUCAAUAUCGAACCGACAUAGCUGCCAAGUACUAUAUCACUUGCGUAGCACCCGAGAUGAUCGGCAAUGUUCGCCUCGAGGUAGCCGAAUCACGCCUUCGAAGGACCUCCUUCCGGGUAAUGCUGAGUGCGAAUCGGACAGCCUCAGACAACCCGCUCUUUGAUCAGAAUGAAGAACAAUCAGUUCUAUUUAACAUACGGCCUAUCUCUCAAGCCGCGCAUUGCCGCUACAUUUGGAGUGACUCUAACGGCAGCGAGGUGGCCAAAGAUCAAAGAACGGGUGGAACCCACAAAUUAGCCCUCUCGGGGCCUCUAUCCCAGCAAUUGCGGGAUAUGAUAGUCGCAGCGUGGUUGCUGAGGCUAUGGUACGACACGGCCGAAAGCAGACAGGCUAAGAAGCAAUUCUUUGAGAGUAUGGCCUCGGUAGAGGGGAGCACCGAUCCAUACAUGAAGAGGCAAUGCGACCUCAUGUAA